UCAUUUCAGUUUAGACUUUAGUAACUAACAAGGCGCGCAGCAAGAAGAAGAUGAAGUGUUUUUUCAGCUUCUGCAUAUUGUUUGCAGUUUUAUCACAUCUAUUUUUCAGUGUCAAAUGCUUCAAUCAGGCCAAAGCAAAGGGCGACAUCGUGAUUGAGGGAUUGUUUCCGAUUCAUGAAAGUGUUAUUGUCACUGUGAAUGAUGAUGGCAGUGAAAACCGGACACGUGACAGGUUUAGCACAGCUCGUCUGGUCCAGUCUCUGAUAAUGGUGCAGGCACUGGAGGAGACAAAUCAGAAGCAAGAGUUGGGGAACAUCACCUUGGGAUAUCUUAUACUUGACUCCUGUGGUGAAGUUACUACUGCCCUGAUACAAACCAAGGCCUUCACAAGGAACAACUGUAAUGUCAGUCAAGAUAGUACACAGCAGUCCUCUCCAAUUGUUCUUGCUGUCAUUGGUGAUUACUACUCAGAGAUAUCCAUAGAAGUUACAAGGCAUCUCAACCUGGAGGACAUCCCUGAGGUUAGCCCUAUAACAGCCUAGUGACCUGGUUCUACCCUUCCUCUUGGUCCAUGUCAGCUGGGUUGGGCUCUCGCUCAGGUGUCCCUGAAGAAAAGUGGAAGGCAAUUGAUCUCUCACAACUGUGAAACUUGUCAAAAAUAAUUACCAGGAAAAUUUUAUCACAUCACUUUUCUGGUACAAAAUGCUCCAUUGAAGCCACAGCAGAAGGGGACAUCAUUAUCGGAGGAUUGUUCCCGAUUCAUGAAAGCGUUACUGUCACUGUGAAUGAUGAUGGCCGUGAAAACCGGACAUGUGACAGGUUUAGCACAGCUCGUCUGGUCCAGUCUCUGAUAAUGGUGCAGGCACUGGAGGAGAUAAAUCAGAAGCGAGAGUUGGGAAACCUCACCUUGGGAUACCUCAUACUUGACUCCUGUGGGGAAGUUACUACUGCCCUGAUACAAACCCAGGCCUUCAUGAUGAGAAACAGUAAUAAUCGCCAAGACUGUGCACAGCAAUCCUCUCCACCUGUCCUGGUCGUCAUUGGUGAUUACUACUCAGAGUUAUCCAUAGGAGUUACAGGUCAGCUCCACCUGGAGUACAUCCCUGAGAUAAGUUACGGUGCAACUUCUGGUUUCCUGAGUGAUAAAACCCGUUUUCCAAGCUUUAUGAGGACCGUACCACAAGAUGAUCACCAAGGUCAUGCCAUCGCCCAGAUUCUUGAUCAUUACGGUUGGACUUGGGUCGGUGUGGUAGCAACUGAUGGUGAAUACGGUCGCUAUAUAACUGAACGCCUCCGGCAUCAUGCAACCAAAAAAGGCAUCUGCUUCGCCUUCACCUCUGUUCUUCCAGAUGCUUUAAAUGAUGACUCACGUGAAGAGAGCAUUAACUCUACAAUCAAAAGCAUCAUAGAUAAUAGAAAUGUCAGUGUUAUUAUUUCCUUUGCCAAAGCUUACCAUAUGAUAGAUAUUUUUGGGAAACUUCUCAAAUAUCCUCAAGGCAGAGGGAAAGUUUGGUUGGCCAGUGAUAUUUGGUCACAGUCACCUGAAGUACUGAGUUCUCAGAACUACAAAUUGAGUGACGUAGGAACAAUCUUUGGGGUCACUCUUAAAUCUGGAAACACAACCAAGUUUGAGCGAUAUCUCGAUGACCUUGAUGAAAAUCCCAACCACCACGAGAACAACACAUUCUUGUCUAAUUUUUUAAAGGAGCAUGGGACGAAUUCAUCAGAAGAGUUAAAGAAGAUGAUAUAUCCAUAUGCUGUGUUCAGUAUUGAGCUGGCAGUUAAAGCAAUAGCUCAAGCUGUUAAAGACCUCUGUACUAACCGGGACUGUAAGACACAGUCCUUACGGCCGUUGGAGUUACGAAGAGCCUUACGGAAGGCAACGUUCCACAUGGAGGAAAAAAGUUAUUCAUUUGAUCACCAUGGUGACCUCAACUCUGGAUAUGAUAUCAUCCUAUGGAAGCAGACUCAAGAUUCUCCAGAUGUGAACAACAUUUUAGCCUAUUACAGUAUAGAACACCAGAGCCUGACUUUCACCUCACAGGAAACACAGCAGGCUCUUCAGAGCCACAUAGGAAAUGUGACUUCCAAGUGCACAGACAGCUGUAGGCCUGGCUACAGGAAGACUUCAGUUACAGGCCAGCCUGGUUGUUGCUAUCAGUGUGAACCCUGUGCUGAGAACCAAUAUUCCAACACCACCGAUUCUGAAAAGUGUCAUCCUUGCAAAGAAAACUAUUACUCCAAAAACACCAGUUCAGUGUGUUUGCCCAGAAAAACUGAUUUCCUGAAAUGGGGUGAUGUAUAUCUUAUUGUGCUGCUGUCUUUUACUUCUUUAGGAGCAGUGCUUACCAUUGUUGUUGGGAUCAUCUUCCUUGCACACUGGAAUACCCCUGUCGUGCGCUCAUCUGUAGGCCCAAUCAGCAUCAUUCUCCUCCUCUCCCUUAUGAUCACAUUUACUAGUGUUAUAUUAUUUGGUGGUCCACCCAAUAGCUAUCAGUGUCAAGCACGGCAGGUGGUGUUUGGCUUGAGUUUUACCUUGUGUGUCUCCUGCAUCAUGGUCAAGUCCUUUAAGAUCGUCUUAGCCUUUGAGUUUGACCCGGUCAUUCAAAGUAUCCUGAAGAAGCUCUACAAGCCUUACCUCAUUGUUACGGUCUCCAUGGCAGGUCAAGUGGUUAUUGUUACCACGUGGCUUGUACUCAGUCCUCCAUACAUUGACUCAGAGAUCACACAGGACAACAUGGAACUGAUGUUUUGUAAUGAGAAAUUAAUUCCUGCGUUUGGAGCCAUGCUAGUCUAUAUUGGCCUUUUGGCUCUCAUCUGCUUUGGUGUUGCUUUUAAGGGACGAAAGUUGCCUGACAGUUACAAUGAUGCAAAGUUCAUCACUUUUGCAAUGCUCAUUUACUUCAUCUCCUGGAUCAUGUUUGGCCCAGUCUAUGUCAAUGUCACAGGCAAGUACCUUCCAGCAGUGGAGAUGGUCGUUAUCCUUAUCUCAUGCUACGGCAUCUUGUUUUGUCAAUUUUUCACAAAGUGCUACAUUAUUCUGUGUAAGAAGGAAGCAAACACAGAGAAAGCGUUCCGUUGCAAUAUUAGGAAUUAUUCCAUGGAUCACAAAGGCAGUGAGGAUGAGGUGUCAUCCAACAGAGUUGAAAACCCUAAUUUAUCUGUAUCAGUUAAGUCACAGGAUAACUGGAAUUCAGUCAAACUCUCUCUUUCCAGUCUCAAAGUCAUAAAGUAAUGUCCUUGAAAACAACCUGAAAUCCACUAAGAAGACCCUGCAGAGAUACAAUAGCUUGCCACCAUCACUAAUCAAAUGAUUCACAAUAGUUAGAAGGGUAUUCAAACAAUUGGAGUGUAAAGGGGACUAAAUAUUAGAGUCUAUGCACUUUUAAGUCUUUAAAGUUGUUUAUCAAGUUGUUGAACAUGUUUAUCGCCAUCUUGUGCCAGUACAGAAUGUAACUUCACCAGGUUGGUUGGUUGGUUGCAGCUAAUAGACUUACAUUAAUUUAUGUUAGCUAACUAGUGACAGAACCAAUAGCUUAGUGAAAAUUAAGGAGACUAAAACUAUACAUACAAUCCCAACAGAGCACUUAGAUCGUCCAAUCACAGGCUCCUAGCACAACCUAGGUCUCGAAUGAAGUCGAGAGGUGACCUGGCCUUUGCAUCCGUGGCACCAAGACUCUGGAAUAACCUCCCUGUUCAUAUUCGUACUGCCGAGUCUAUCCAGUCUUUUAAAUCACGUCUUAAAACUUAUCUUUUUACUUUGGCUUUUGAUUCUGACUAGUUGGCUGGUCUAGCUUGUUGUGUUGUUACCUAUUGUUUGUUGUCCUCUUUUAUUGUUUGUUUUUAAUUGUCUCAUGCUUUUACUGACUGUGAAGCACUAUGGUCAACACUGUUGUUUUAAUAUGUGCUAUAUAAAUAAAUUUUGAUUUGAUUUGAUUUGAUAAAAAACAGUGUAAGGGGAUCACUUUUGUUCUGUCCCUGGCUGCAGCAGGCAGUUUUAUGUAAUAAAAGAAAAAGAAAAAGAAAAAAGAAAGAAAGAAAGAAAGAAAGAAAGAAAGAAAGAAAGAAAGAAAGAAAGAAAGAAAAUCCACCUGUUAGCUGUAAUGUUCAGGUUUUUAAAACACUUUAUAAUUGAGAACAUCCAUCAGCAUCUCCAUAGGAAAAAAAAAUCCUUCUUCUUCACUUACAUUUGAUUUUCCUGACUUUUAAUAUGAAAUAAUCCACUUAGUGAGAUGUUGUGAGAGAAAAAAAAGAUCUCCAAAACUGCAUCUCUUCCUCAGAGACUCCUUUUUUUUGUUUGUUUGUUUCUGUUGUUGCAAGGAUUCCCGACCAUGCUUCAGUAAGGCAUUUAGUCAUGUUUGUUUUGUGAUGCACAUAUAGUAAACUUUUUGAAUGUCCUUGGUGUAAGAGACUAUUAUUAUAAUGUGUAAUAAUGCCUCAUCAAUUGAUUCUGCUGCUUGUACACCUGGCCCAGGGAGGAAUACUCCGUGUCUGACUCCAGUUUGUCGGUCUCUUGAACUACCAGGAAAUCUGACUCAAACCGGCUCUCCUGCACACUGACCUCAUUUAUAAAGUACUUUACAAGCCUUAACAUUGUGGCUAACAGGUGGAUUUUACCGUUUCAGUGCAGGUAGCCAAACAACAUGGAACCACUUACUGCUUAAGUGUCAGAGAGUAAAAGUGAACAAAGUGGACAGUGUAUCCUUGGCUUUUUAACAUAACGACUCACUGCGGCAGCCUGAUCAGUACAAAAGUGAUCUCCUUUACACUGCUUUUUUUGUUUCCUUAUUUUUCACUGAGUCACUGGUUCGUUCACUAGUUAGCUAACCUUAACUAAUGUAAGUCUAUUAGCAGCAACCAACCCAACAACGUCAUGUUAUGUAUUUGGUCAUUAAAGAUGUUCUCAAAACUUUAAUUUAAACAGUUAUUCCAUAAAUCCAGCUUAAUGCAACUCCAGAACAUCAACAUGCUAGCAGCUGAGGUAACAUAGUUGCUGUUGUUUUCAUGUUGUUAGUCUGGACAGAUUUUGUCAAUAUGAGGACUUCACACAUUUAUUAAAUUAAUGUAGCCACAUUCAUUCAAUUGGAUGAUGUCCUUUUAGUGGCCAAUAUUCAGAUAAUAAUUGACUAGUCGGGGGGUUAAAGGUGAAAAGAAUACAACACAGUA